AUGUUCAUUUAUAAAACUGAUAAAAUAAAGGCAAACUUAAAAAAAAGAAAAAAAAACUUCCAGGAUGUCGAUGCUGCCUACAUGAACAAGGUGGAGCUGGAGGCUAAAGUUGAUGCUCUUCAGGAUGAGAUCAACUUCCUCAGGGCUGUGUAUGAAGCUGAGCUUCGCGAGCUGCAGGGCCAGAUUAAGGAUACCUCUGUUAUUGUGGAGAUGGACAACAGCCGUAAUCUUGAUAUGGAUGCCAUUGUAGCUGAAGUGCGUGCUCAGUAUGAGGACAUUGCAAAUCGCAGCAAGGCUGAAGCAGAGACCUGGUACAAACAGAAGUAUGAUGAGAUGCAGAGCUCUGCAGGACAGCAUGAGUCAGACCUGCGCUCAACAAAGGCUGAGAUUGCUGAGCUGAAUCGCCUGAUUUCACGUCUUCAGAAUGAGAUCGAGAUCCGUCUUAAUUGA